UUCAAACGGGAAGAGAAAGCCUGAGAAAUAGAAAAGAGAAAACGAGGCAAAGGCAUUUUCAGUGCCUGCACUGGAAUUCCCCACCAUUGUUUCUCUGAUUCCCUUAACUGGAAUCAGAGAAACAUUCUUCUUAAUUUCCCAUUCAUAUUUCUAUAUAAUAUUUUCUUAAUAUAUAUAUUAUGAACAUACAUAUAUACAAUAUAUAGCCACCUUGGCUUCUGGUUCUUCUGGUACCAUAACUUGCAAAAAAACUCAAAACACUGUAAUGGGUUCACGGUUUUAAACCAUAAAAAACUUGACUUUUGCGAGAUCUCUCAAAUGGGUAUGUUGCAAAAUGAUGGUAUAACGGAAGGUUGGCUGUAUCUCAUUCGGUCCAACCGGAUUGGGAUAAAAUACGCACGCAGAAGGUACUUUGUUUUCAAAGACAAUUGCCUCAGGUGCUACAAAGGGAUACCCAUUUCUGAGAGACAGGAGCCAGUUAGAAGUGCAAUAAUUGACUCCUGCAUUCGGGUUACAGACAAUGGAAGAGAGAGCAUUCAUUCAAAAGUAAUCUUCAUUUUCACACUUUAUAAUACUUCCAAUCAAAGUGAUCGGUUAAAGUUGGGAGCAAGUAGUCCAGAAGAAGCAGCAAGAUGGAUACGUUCGUUGCAAGAUUCUGCUUUAAAGGAGUGGCCAAAUCAAACAAAGAAUUGUGCGGAUUGUUCCAAGAGGAAGGGCUCAUCUUUAAGAUUGGAUGGUUCAAAGAGAGAACAUGAAAGGCCAAUAGAUUGGACUAUUUGGUCAUCCAUGCUGUUGGAGGCAAUGGCAUCUGAUGUUAUUGCAUCCUCACCAUGGAAAAUUUUUGGUUUUCAGAAUGGAAUACGGCUUUUCAAAGAAGCAAAAGAUUGGGAUUCCUAUGGGAGGUAUUGGGAUGAUCAUCCGGCAAUAAUGGCAGUUAGUGUGAUUGAUGGAACUUCAGAGGCUAUUUUUCGAACGCUUAUGUCUCUUGGUCACUCAAGAUCAGAAUGGGACUUUAGUUUUUAUCGGGGCAGCGUGAUUGAGCACAUUGAUGGACACACAGAUAUUAUUCACAAAUUGCUAUACAGCAAUUGGCUACCUCGGAGGAUGAGAAGAAGAGAUUUACUAUUGCGGCGCUAUUGGAGAAGGGAGGAUGAUGGCACAUAUGUAAUCCUUUAUCAUUCCGUGUCUCACAAGAAGUGUCGUCCAAAGAAAGGCUAUGUUCGUGCUUGUCUUAAAAGUGGAGGAUUUGUAAUAACUCCUGUCAACCAGGGGAAACAUUCACUAGUAAAACACAUGCUUGCUAUUGAUUGGAAGCUCUGGAAAAUGUCUCUGCGUCCAUCAUCUGCAAUUUCAAGAUCCAUAACAAUCAGAAUGCUUGAGAGAGUUGCUGCAUUAGGGGAGAUGUUUAAAGCCAAAGCAGGAAAUCAUUCCUCUGAAUUCUCAUCUGGAGAUUCAACAAGAGAUAUUGGGUUUCCCCAAAGUGAGAAGGAGGACAAACACACAAUAGGGGAUGAGUUUGAAAAACCACCUUCUAGCCAUGCAAGUUUAAUGGGACGGAAUGAUGCUUCUGAUGAGUUCUUUGAUGUUCCUGAACCAGACUGUGCCCAUAUUGAAACUGAGUGGCCUUCUGGCCUGAGCGUAGAAGUGCACUCUCCGAAUAGAUACCAGCCUAGACUAUCAUCAGCUGCUAGUUUUGUGAAAAGAUUGCAUGAAAUUGCAGUUCAGAAGAAGGGUUAUGUGGGGUUACCUGACUUGGGCAGGGAAGCCAGUAUAACAUGCUCCUAUGGAACCACUCUUCACAGAGACCCAAGUUGUAUUACUCCUUGCAGUUGGGCAGCAGCUGAUCCUUCUUCAUUUUUAAUACGUGGAGAAAAUUAUUUACAUGACCAUCAAAAGAUUAAAGCAAAAGGCACGUUGAUGCAAAUGGUUGGUGCAGAUUGGAUAAAAUCUGACCGGCGAGAAGAUGAUCUUGCUAGCCGCUGUGGUAGUAUUGUUCAGAAAUCUUUAGAAUGCGGUGAACCAGAAUUCUUCUUCAUCGUUAACAUACAGGUCCCUGGUAAGACCAUGUAUACCUUGGCACUAUAUUACAUGAUGAAAACUCCUUUGGAAGACAAUCCGUUGCUACAUGCUUUCGUCAAUGGAGAUGAUGCCUUUAGGAACUCAAGAUUUAAACUCAUACCAUAUAUUUCCAAGGGAUCAUGGAUAGUCAAGCAGAGUGUUGGGAAGAAAGCGUGCUUGGUGGGUCAAGCGCUCAAUAUAAAUUAUUUUCGUGGGGAAAACUAUUUGGAGCUUGAAAUCGAUGUUGGGUCUUCAACAGUGGCAAGGGGGGUGGUCAGUCUUGUUCUUGGAUACCUGAACAAUUUGGUCAUAGAGAUGGCAUUCUUAAUACAGGGCAAUACAGAUGAGGAGCUUCCAGAAGAACUACUUGGAGCAUGUCGACUUAAUCAUCUUGAUGCUUCCAAAUCAGUCCGGCUAAAAUCGUGAUUUUGACCUAGAAAAUCUCAUGCAUCCUUGCAGCACAGGUUAUGUAGUUUGACUCAAGCACAGAACAAAGAUGAAGUCAAGAGAGACUUGCAACGUUCUUGAAAUCAACUUGUGCACUUCCCUUUUUUCCAUCCAAUACUCUGGGUGCAAUAUAAUGUGCAACUAUGAUUUUAAGGUGGAACAAUUCAACUUUUAAUAGUAAAAUACAACAGCAUUCCUAUG